ACCGUGGUCACGUGGAACGUCGGCACCGCCAUGCCCCCGAGCGACGUGACCUCCCUGCUGCACCUCAACACGGGCGACACGAACGAGACCGACAUGAUCGCCAUAGGGCUGCAGGAGGUAAACUCCAUGAUCAACAAGCGUCUGAAGGAUGCCCUCUUCACGGACCAGUGGAGCGAACUCUUCAUGGACGUGCUGAGCCCCUUUCACUUCGUGCUGGUGAGCACGGUGCGGAUGCAGGGCGUGAUCCUGCUGGUGUUUGCCAAAUACUAUCACCUCCCCUUCCUGCAGGACAUCCAGACGGAUUGCACCCGGACCGGGCUGGGCGGUUAUUGGGGCAACAAGGGCGGGGUGAGCGUGCGGCUGUCCGUCUUCGGCCACAUGCUCUGCUUCCUCAACUGCCACCUGCCGGCCCACCUGGAGAAGGCGGAGCAACGGAAAGACGAUUUCACCACCAUCCUCCACAUGCAGCAGUGCCAGCAGCAGCUGGAGGGGCAGGCGGCCAGUGGUAUCCUGGACCACGACAUCGUCUUCUGGUUCGGGGACUUGAACUUCCGCAUCGAGAGCCUGGACAUCCGCUUUGUGAAGUACGCCAUCGCCAACAGCCUCCUCAGCCAGCUGUGGGAGAAGGACCAGCUGAAUAUCGCCAAGAGCACCUGGCCCAUCUUGAGUGGCUUCCAGGAGGGGCCUCUCAACUUCCCGCCCACCUUCAAAUUUGAUGUGGGCACCAACCAGUACGACACCAGGGCCGUGAGCCGGCUAUCCUACGGCAGCCACAUGGAGUACGUGGUCAGCGAUCACAAGCCUGUGGUUGCCAUCUUCGCCGUGCAGUUUGCCUCCAAGGCCGACCAGCCCUUGGUGGAGCUUCAAGUGGCUGACGAGUGGACCAGGCCGGAGCAAGCCGUUGUCCGAUACCGGAUGGCCUGGGGUGGGGUCCCGUGCCCCCUAACUCGCCCUCGGCACCCUCUCCAGGUGGGUUUCCGGCACGCCAAAGACUACGUGGGCUACGUGUGGGCCAAACACGAGGACCCGGAGGGCAGCGUGUACCAGGUGUGUGCGCACGAGGGAUCCCCCCCCUUCUCGCACGUCCUUGGGGGGCCCGGCCCCCUUCCUGGAACGCCCCAGCGUGCUGGGAUGUGCCUGGGCUCCCCCCGGCCAAGAUUGGGGGCGAGCUGA